UCAAGCCCCACCUGGAUGCCAACCUGUGCGAUCGAUGCACUCUGGCUGCUGCUGCUGCCCUGGCAGGGGCCGAGGCUUGGACUGGCAGAGCUGUGCCCUUCCAGCCUAUGCCCUGCUCUGCCUCCUGUGCAGUUCCUGUGUGAGGAGGGUGCUGGGGACUACCUGGCACGCGUGGACGAGCCCCAGUCCUGCUCCUACGUGCUGACGGUGCACACCCCCCGCCUGUGCCACCAUCCCUUCCUGCGCCCCCCUGCCAGCGCCGCGCCGCAGCCCAUCCUGUGCCAGCCUGCGCUCAGCCCCGCCCAGUACGUGCAGUACGUCCGGGCACAAGUCUCUGACACCAAGCGGAAGGUGGAGGAGAUCUCGGAGGAGCUGCGGACGUUGGACAGCAGAGUGUGGAGUGAGAGGGACAGCCCUGGGCACCCCCCCGCGGGCACAGUGCCAGCUGCGAGUGAUGUGCCAGCCCCAGCCAGGGACGAGCUGGACCCAGCCAAGGAGGUGGCAUUCUGGCAGCGUGUGCGUGAGGUGACCAGCAAGGGGCACAGCCAGCAGGACAGUGCCAAGGCAGAGGAACCAACCCCAAAGGCAGCUGCUGGUGCCCAGGCGGCUGACGCACGCAGGAAGAUCCAUUUCAAGGUGAUCAGGAGCCCUGGGGACCUGCUGCAGUUCAUUGAGGAGCUGAAGGAGAGCACCAAGAAGGCCAAGGAGAAGGUGAGCAAAGAGGAGGAGGAGGAGGAGACAGCAGCAGCAACCAAGGCUUCCCCACCCCACCCUGUCCCUGAGGAGCCCCCAGCGGGCGAGAAGGAGGAAGAGGAGGAGGAGGAGGAGGAUGGAGACCUGCUGGGGGGCUUCGAGAAGGAGCUGGAGGCUGUGCUGCUGCCGCGGGAGCAGAUGGCACAGCUGAAGGAGGAGGUGAAGACAGAGAUGGAGAAGGAGUUUGACAACAUCAUCAACGAGGUGGAGGACGAGCUGGAGGGGGAGGGUCUGAAGGGAGAGUUCGACCGCACCCAGGCCUCCAAGUCCUUGGCCUCAACCCUGCACCGCCUGAUGGACAAACUGGACGGAGGAGGACCCAGCCCCGCCCCGGAGAGAGAGGAGGAGGAGGAGGAGGAGGAAGAGGGCGCAGGGAGGAAGGGCACUCCCAGCCCCGCCGCUGACAACCGCCUGAGGGUGAGGGUCAGCAGGGUGGGGGCUGGCAGCGCCCCCCAGCAGGAGCCUCCCCCCCGGCGGGACAGUGCCCAGCUGCAGCACAUCGAGAGCGAGGUCCGGGAGCUGCUGGCCAAGGAGGGGCUGCGAGCAGAAGGCAAGAUCGAGAUCAAGAUCGUGAGGGCAGGAGGGGGCGAGGAGGAGGAGGGGCAGUGGCUGUCGGAGGAAGACACCAAGAGCCUCAAGGAGAUCUUCCUCAGCAUCCUGAUCCAGGGCACGGAGGAGGCGCAGCAGGAGCGGCGCCGGCAGCAGGCGCUGGAGGCCAAUUACCGCUUCGUGUGGGGGGGCCGGGAGGAGCCUCCCCCCCCCGCGGACGCUGAGGACUCUGAUUUCUGACCCCCCCCCCGACCCCCCCCCCCCAACCUCUGCCUCUGUGUCCCCUCCCCCACCGCACUGCGGGGCUGGGCACAGGACGCCCGGACAGGGGCUUGGUGCCCUCCCCCGGUGCCCCCCACCCUGCCCCCGACAGUGCCCCCCCCACACCCCCCCCCCCCCCCCCAAGCAGUG